AGAGUAUGGUACGUCUAUGUAAUGAUCAUCACUAGCUUCUCAACACUUUCAGAUCAAAAUUAAAAAUGUCUUUGGAAGAUAAAAACGCAGGCGGCCAACAGUUCAUGGAAAACGGGGACAACCAUAAAGGGCUCAACAAGUAUGCCUGUGCCUCUGUGUUAGCUGCCAAUAUUGUCUCUGCUAUAUUUGGUUACGUUGUGGGGGUGAUGACCGGAGCACUCAUAUUCAUAAAGGAAGAUCUUCAAAUCAGUGACCUACAAGUACAACUCCUCGCAGGCACAUUACAUUUGUGCGCCCUACCAGGAAGCAUGGUUGCAGGAAGAGCAUCUGAUUAUAUAGGUCGACGCUACACCAUCAUUCUAGCAUCCAUCACCUUCUUAUUGGGCACAACUCUAAUGGGGUAUGGUCCAUCGUAUCUAAUCUUAAUGAUUGGAAACUGCAUUGUUGGAAUUGGUGUGGGUUUUGCCCUAGUAGUUGCACCAGUUUACAGCGCAGAGAUUUCACCUCCUUCUUACAGAGGCUUUUUUACCUCUCUCCCAGAACUCUCCUCGAACAUAGGAGUCCUCCUUGCCUUUAUGUCAAACUAUUUCCUUGAAAAUUUGUCACUGAGACUUGGGUGGAGGAUGAUGAUGGUGCUUCCUUCAAUUCCUUCAUUUGGUCUUGUCAUUCUCAUGUUGAAAUUGGUGGAGUCUCCAAGGUGGUUAGUGAUGCAAGGACGUGUAGGUGAGGCUAGGAAAGUGCUUUUACUAGUAUCUAAUACAAAGGAAGAAGCUGAACAACGGUUGAGGGACAUAAAAGGUAUUGUUGGCAUUGAUGAAAACUGCACCCUAGACAUUGUUCAGGUUCCAAAGAAUACUCGCAGUGGUGCAGGAGCUCUGAAGGAAAUGUUCUGUAAUCCUUCACCACCUGUGCGUAGGAUACUGAUUGCAGCGAUUGGACUUCACUUUUUCAUGCGGAUUGAUGGAUAUGGAGGUUUUUUGUUAUAUAUUCCAAGGGUGUUUGAGAGAACAGGAAUCACUGACAAGAGCACGCUCAUGCUAGCCACCGUUGGUAUGGGAAUUACCAAAGUUGUAUUUGCAUUCGUAUCAAUGUUCUUGUCGGAUAGAGUUGGGAGGAGGAUUCUCUUGCUGAUUAGUGCAGGUGGUAUGGUUGUGACCCUUUUAGGGCUAGGUAUUUGUUUAACCAUAGUGGAGCACUCCAAAGAAAAAUUAGUUUGGGCAACAACCUUAACCGUUAUUUUUACCUACAUAUUUAUGGGCAUUGCGUGCACCGGAGUAGGACCAGUGACAUGGGUUUAUAGCUCCGAAAUACUUCCCCUUAGGUUCAGAGCUCAAGGCCUUGGUGUCUGUGUGGUUGUGAACAGACUCACAAAUGUGGUAGUGGUUUCAAGUUUCAUUUCGAUUUAUAAAACCAUAACAAUGGGUGGAAUUUUCUUUGUGUUUACCGGUAUCAAUGCUUUGGCUUUGUUGUUCUACUCAUCUUUGCCUGAAACCAAAGGAAGAUCAUUAGAAGAUAUGGAGAUUAUCUUUGGAAGAAGUUCAAAGUAAGAUACAAAUGAAGCCUAUGUGCAAAAAAAUCAGUAGCUUUUAUGAGAAUCAUAUAGAGUGUAUAACAAAGAAUGAUUAUCGCUGGUUAAUAAGGUAUUUAUUUUCUGGGUUAUUAUUAAGAGUUUUUAUAGGGAUUUAAAGCAAAACGAUGGAAAUUCUUGUUUUGGCAUGUUAAUUACUUGUUGGUGUUUGUGGAAUGCAAGGAACGAAAUCAUCUUCUCCGGUUAAGUUGCAGAUGCAGGCGGUAUAGUUUCAAAGAUAAAGAUGUUUUCUUUGCAAUGCUUUGUGUAGAAGAAAGGCGUCAAAUCUGGACUAUUUUAUUCAUCUUUGAUUCUUGGAUCCUUUGGAAUGUUUUUAAUGAGAACGUGU